UCGGGGUCUCGGAGCAGGAAGGGUCUCAGCGAGUGGUCAAUCCGUGACGUCAUCCGUGACCUGGCCUGUCCUGGGGCAGUCAAGCUGGAGGAGGCGCGUGACCGUUAGGAGGAGGGUGGGCGCGUGUGGGCGGUGAUGGUGGUUACGGGCGUGUACGAGGGGCAGGACGAGCUACACACGCCAUGGGGUGCACGCCCAGCAUCCACGUGUCCCAUAUCUAUUGCCACGACAACGAUGAGUCGCCUUCGGUCCCUCGGGGUUACCUCUGAAUCUGCAACAGCAACAGAGCCACGGGCGUACAGGUACUCAGGCCUGGGAUCGUUACCACCCUGUACAGUCGGAGCAUGGUCACUUGAGAUUAUAUCCGAUGAAGGUUGUUGGGCAGCUGCACAAG